GUUUUAAUUAGAUUGAAGUAAUAACAUAUUAACGACCAUGAUAUUGCGCCAAAGUGACAGAAUUUUAUCAGGUUCACGCAUUUAAUCACAUAUUUAAUGUACAAAAUUGUGUAAAUCAAGAGGAUUGUGGUUUUCAGUUUAUUCUCGUCAGAAAACUGGAAUUCUCUGUUUGCAUCACCUGCUUUCAUACUAUUUGUUACCUUAUCGGCUUUUAAUAACUAAAAUGUAUUUGAGUCGAGGACAUCAAAAACUUAUUCAUAUGAUGGAACAAAAUUCAAUGCCGCAGCAUUCCAACCAUCCGAUGUUACCACGUCGACGACCCCCCCGCGUUAAUCCACAUGCUGCUGCUGAUCGUCUUCCUCUAAACGAAGCUGCAAAAAUUGAGAUGGCAUCCUUGCCAAGUAAAACGCCGGUAUCCAUUUUACAAGAAUUAUUAAGUCGCCGAGGUUUAACUCCGAAAUAUGAAUUAGUCCAAAUUGAAGGUGCUAUCCACGAACCCACUUUUCGGUAUCGUGUAACUAUGGAAAAUUCUGUUGCUGUUGGUACUGGUCGUUCUAAAAAGGAGGCAAAACAUGCUGCUGCUAAAGCUUUACUAGAUCUAAUUGUUGGAUACACUAGUGAUGGUGAAAAUAAUUCUGAAGGUCAAACAACUAAUGGGAAUGGUCAAGAUGGAAAUCAUGCAAUUUUAUCGACAUAUGAAGAUAAAGUUGUUGGAAAUCCUAUCGGCUGGUUGCAAGAAAUGUGUAUGUCACGUCGUUGGCCACCGCCAUUUUAUGACAUGGAAAGUGAGGAAGGAUUACCUCAUGAACGCAUGUUUACUAUUGCUUGCCAAGUUUUCAAACAUCGGGAAAUAGGUACUGGAAAAUCAAAGAAAUUAGCUAAAAGACAAGCUGCACAUAAAAUGUGGCAAGCGUUACAAGAUAUGCCUUUGGAGGGUAAUAAUGUGCCACCGACUCUAAUGGAUGAUGAAGAAGAGAGUAAUCAAAAAAUUGGAAAAAUGCUUAAUCGUUAUGCAGAGUUGAAAGAUAGUAAAAUCUCCACAUUAACAACCCCACAUAGCCAUAAAGUUUCGCAAUUCCACAAAAAUUUAAAAUUAUCCACUGGCAAAAAAUUGUCGGAAUUGCAGAAUACUUGUUUGAAUAAUAAAUCAUUCAACUUCGUGCAGUUCCUACAAGAAAUUGCGUCAGAACAACAAUUCGAAGUAACCUACGUAGACAUUGAAGAGAAAUCAAUUUCUGGUAAACAUCAAUGCCUCGUCCAAUUAUCUACAUUACCAGUAGCUGUUUGCUAUGGAUCUGGUUCAACUUCAAAAGAUGCACAGUCAAGUGCAGCACAAAAUGCUCUCGAGUACUUAAAAAUAAUGACAAAAAAGUGAGGUAAAAUUUUUAAUAAUUUUAAGUCAACAAAACAAAAAAAUAUUAAAAAUUAAAAAUAUCAAAAAAAUACCUCAUUUACGUCAUCACACGAACACAAAAAACUCGAAAUUUUUGGCUAAAUAAUACCAAAAAAUACGAAAGCAUUCGAUUUAUGUAU